CAGAGAGAGCAGGGAGGAUUGGGAAAAGCAUCUCUGUAGCAACCAUCCUCUGUUGGAUAUUUUUGUUGUUGUAACAUUUCUUUUAGAACCCGAAAUAGAACAUUGUGAGCCUGUAUUUAUUAACGAAGAUAAACUAAGUUUGUUUGGUCGUCUGUAUGCAAGAUUGCGAAUCUAGCAGGUAACGUUAGCAUUAGUUUGCUAGCUAAUGUUUUUUUCUACAGUGUGACUAUGAAAGUCGUUACCAGCGGUCUGUGUCAGUGUCUGGAAAAUAAUCUUAGCGAACGAGGGAGCCAGAGCGGGAGGAGCAACCUGAAGACGCCAUCAUGCCUCCCAAAUUCAAACGACACCUAAAUGAUGAAGAGGUCACGGGAUCCAUAUGCAGCGAGAGGAGGAACCUGCUGGAGGAAGACUCUGAUGAAGAGGAGGACUUUUUCCUGAGGGGACCAACUGGUCCCAGAUUUGGAGCUGGAAGUGACAAAAUCAGACAAGUGCAGUCGCAGGUUGAUGAGGUCAUCGAUGUGAUACAGGAGAACAUCUCCAAGGUGAUCGACAGGGGAGAGCGACUUGAGGACCUGCAGGACAAGUCAGACAGCCUAUCAGACAACGCUUCAGCCUUUAGCAGCAGAGCCAAGCAGCUGCACAGGAGGAUGUGGUGGAGAGAUGUGAAGAUGAAGGCCAUCAUAGCUCUGGUGGUGGUCAUUCUGCUACUUAUCAUCAUCAGUGAGUGUCAGCCUGAACAACACAUAUUGUAUUAAUCAAGAAUAUUAUCACACUGAUUCAACGCAUAGCACUGAAUACACACUUAACUCUCUCUCUCAGUUCCAGUGAUAUUGCGGUAUCGCUAGUGUCGCCAGGAGGAGGAAAAAUAUCUCCUCAUCUUCCUCCCAUUCUCCUGCACACAGUCCUCCACAUCAGCCAGGGGGCACCACCCAGCCUCCCAGACCCCUGCUGUGCCAGCCUGUGUGGCUCUGGGUAGAAGUUGCUCUUAACUACAGAUCUAGGAUCAGCUCACCCUCUCCCAAUGCUAACCUUUACCGUUAGGUCAGUUUUGUGUUUUCAAUCUUAAGGUCAGUGUCUACUAGAGACCACUUCAUCCUACUCUGUGAGUCCGGGCCAAGGGUGACAUAGGUAGCAUUACGUUGGCGUUACAUAAGGGUUGGGUUUGCUUUGCAAAUGACACCUUAUUUAGGGAAAAGGUUGUCAUUUGACAUGCUGCCUGUGUCUCAGCCCCCUCAUCAAACUUAAGGAGAACUCCGUUCAAUACAUAAUACAUAUCAGCUAGUCCGGUGGUCACCAAACUUUUCUGAGUCAAGAUCUCUUUUACAGUCAAAAAGCAAGCCGAGAUAAAGAUUUUUUUACAUUACUUAAAAAAUGUAACAUUAACUCAAUAGUUGUGUAGGAAUGAGAUUCUGGCAGCAGGUCUAAUACAUUUUCACAGCAUAUUGGCUAUAUGCCUGGACUGCCAAUAUUGUUCUUCUCAGAACAUAUUAUUUUUCACAACUUGAGCUUUGAUAACAAAAUAGAUCAGUUGAUGUAGCACUUGCAAGGCACCGCUAGGGCUGUGGCGGUCAUGACAUUUCGUCAGCUGUGAUUGUCAAGCAAAUAACUGUCGGCCUCAUGGUAAUUGACUGGUAAGAUUCGAUUAUAAUUCCAUGGUGUUAUAUUAAUUUAUAGUAUGAAGAAUACAAUUUAACAAAACGGAAUAAAAUUAUAAAUAUUUUCUCAAUGAUUUGAGGGAGUGCGCACAUGCGGCUGUUCUGUGUUGAGCGUUAACAAAGAAAUAGGCACUCUAUAUGCUUAAUUUAGAGUUAUUAAUGUAACUUGUUCUACAAACAUUGAGCUGGCUUUAUGUUUAGAUUUUUAAUACAUGGUAAGGCCGCAUGAUGCAACUUUAAAUCUCUGCUUUGUUUUGUUACGCAGGCUGAACACAGUCUCUCAUUCACAAUUUGAAAAUCAAUUUGACAAUGCCUAGAAGUUCAUGGCGGCAUCCCCUUUGUGGCCGUAAUGCAUCCUAUAAAAAUCCAUGCCUUUUGCGGCCCGGAGUGCUGCAUUGUGCCCUUCUCCCUGAGUGCUGCGCAAUCCGAAACGUCUCUCUCACACGGCUCUGACACACCAGGGACGCAAUUGUGCGUGUCCUUAUCCAAUUACGAAGUGCAUAUUGAAGAUAUUGGAAGAACUGUCCACAUUUACUUUUCAUCAGCCAACAA